GUCCCCUGGCUUUCAGAUCCAGGCCAGACAUUAGGCCUAUUCUCUCCAGAUUUUUUUCCCCCUCUGAGGCAUGCUGCAUGUAAUACUCAAGCAUUGGCUGUGCCUAACAAAGGAGUGCUGAUAACAGCUGCUGCUCUCACAUUGGGAGGAUUAGCUAGGUUCUGGAGAGUGAGAAACUGGACAACUGUCUCAUAGGUUCCGUCUAUUCUAUUCCCUCUAAGGAUGGAUGUGCACAUGGGGUUCUAAUCAUUGUCAUCUGUUCCUCCGUUACUGGAAACGCUGACUCUGGUCUGUGGAUACCAGUAUGUAUUCUAGAGAUGAAGACUUACUUGAACGUGACGUCAGACUUCACCACAUAAAAAUGCCAUGCCAGGAUUGCUUCUAGAAUAUUCUAUGGAUGCUGUCGGAAUCCAGAGAGGAUUCAGCAGAACUUUCUGGAGUUUGGGAUGGGAAACUACAGCAAUAAUAAUAAUACCUGCCUCAUUGAUGACUCUUUCAAGUAUAACCUCUAUGGAGCGGUUUAUAGUGUGGUAUUUAUCCUUGGGUUGAUCACAAACUGUGCUUCCCUCUGUGUCUUCUGCUUUAAAAUGAAGAUGCACAACGAAACUGCCAUUUAUAUGACCAACCUUGCCGUGUCUGACCUACUGUUUGUAUUCACCCUUCCUUUCAAAAUAUUUUAUAACUUUAACCGCCACUGGCCCUUUGGUGACACUUUGUGUAAAAUAUCAGGCACGGCAUUCCUGACCAACAUCUAUGGAAGCAUGCUUUUCCUCACUUGUAUCAGUGUGGAUCGAUUUCUGGCAAUCGUCUACCCAUUCCGUUCCCGUACCAUCCGAACAAGAAGAAAUUCUGCCAUUGUCUGUGCUGGCGUUUGGAUUUUAGUGCUCAGCGGAGGUAUUUCAGCAUCUCUCUUUUCCACCACCAAUGUGUCCAACACAAGCACCACUUGUUUUGAAGGCUUCUCCAAAAGCAUCUGGAAAACCUAUUUGUCGAAAAUCACCAUGUUUAUUGAAGUGGUUGGUUUUAUCAUACCAUUAAUUCUCAAUCUUACCUGCUCCUCGUUGGUUUUGAGGACUCUGAGGAAGCCUGAAACCCUGUGCCAGAUUGGAACCAACAAAGAAAAAGUUCUGAAGAUGAUAGUAGUCCAUGUCGCCAUUUUCGUGGUGUGUUUUGUGCCGUACAACUCCAUCCUUUUUCUUUAUGCUUUGGUCCGCUCGCAAGCAAUAGCUAACUGUUCUGUUGAGAGGUUUGCACGGACAAUGUAUCCCAUUACCUUAUGCUUGGCGACCUUGAACUGUUGUUUCGAUCCUUUUGUUUAUUAUUUCACUUCCAAAUCAUUUCAAAAGUCCUUUAACAUUAAUCCGCUGAUAAAAAUGGAUAACCUCUUUAAGACUGACUCCGCAAAAAUGGUUUUGCGAGUAACACAAGAGGAACUAACUGAACAAAUGAAUGUUAACAAUGGGGGAGAUCUGAUGUCAGAGUCUAAUUUUAAGGACUAGACUUCUAUACAAUAGUAUAACACAUAACAGAUUGGUUCUAAAGACUGGAACUAUAAUUUAUGAAAAGAUGUUUUGAGCUCUAUGGUCAGUAUUAUAGUCGAGGAAAUAUGUAUUGAAAUAGAAUGUUUAAUUUAAGUAGAAAUAUAAUGUCUGGUAUAUUGUAAAAAGCUUAAACUGUGUGUUUGUCACCACAAAAUGUUUCUGUAAAUAUUCAUUUAUAAAAUAUUGUAGAUAUAUUUGCUCCAUUGACAGUGUUUUAGUAUUUACAGCAUUUGAAUGUGAAAAAGAAAAAAUAACUAAAAAAAAGUAUUACACACUG